CGCGUACCAGUUCACUUCCACCAACUGAAGCAGCACCAGGGAUCUGAAAACUUUUCAGGAAAGUAAUUCCAGCUCUUGCUGCUCUUGUCUCUCAGGCGGGUUUGGUGUGGUUUUCUUUUUCUCUCCCCUGCAAUUCUCAACAGCCUUGAGGGGCAUUCUGGAGGUUCAGCACAAGGAUGCUGGCACAUGCCCUGGUCCCGACUCCCUUCUGUGGACAAACUGAUCGCUCCUCCUGUGUGGAGACAUCGACAGAGCUGCGCAGAUCCACAGGGUCCUCAGUGAAUUCUGUCAUGGUUAUUUAAGGAAUCUUGCCUAGGAAGUCCCCACAAGCACGCAGUUCCCUGCCGCCGGGAAGGCGUGGACUCCAAGAUGAUCAUAAAGGAAUACCGGAUUCCCCUGCCAAUGACCGUGGAGGAAUACCGCAUCGCCCAGCUGUACAUGAUACAGAAGAAAAGUCGCAAUGAGACCCACGGACAAGGCAGUGGCGUGGAGAUCCUGGAGAACCGGCCCUACACGGACGGCCCUGGUGGCUCUGGGCAGUACACCCACAAGGUGUAUCAUGUGGGCAUGCACAUCCCUGGCUGGUUCCGCUCCAUCUUGCCCAAGGCAGCUUUGCGGGUGGUGGAGGAGUCCUGGAACGCCUACCCCUACACCCGAACCAGGUUCACCUGUCCCUUUGUGGAGAAGUUCUCCAUUGACAUUGAAACCUUUUAUAAGACUGAUACUGGGGAAAACAAUAAUGUGUUCAGUCUGACUCCUGUGGAAAAGAACCAGCUGAUAACAGACAUCAUCGACAUCGUCAAGGAUCCUGUACCUCCCAAUGAGUAUAAGACAGAAGAAGACCCCAAGAUAUUCCAGUCGGUCAAGACUCGCCGGGGGCCGCUGUCUGACAACUGGAUCCAGGAGUACAAGAAGCGGCUCCUCCCCAUCAUGUGCGCCUACAAGCUCUGCAAGGUGGAGUUCCGUUACUGGGGCAUGCAGUCCAAGAUCGAGAGAUUCAUCCAUGACACAGGCCUGCGGCGGGUGAUGGUGCGGGCUCACCGGCAGGCCUGGUGCUGGCAGGAUGAGUGGUAUGGGCUGAGCAUGGAGAACAUCCGAGAACUGGAACGAGAAGUGCAGCUCAUGCUGUCCAGAAAGAUGGCCCAGUUUGCGGAGGACGGAGGAGCACUGGAGCUCUGCAAGGAGAGCGCUGUUCAGGAGCAGGCAUCCGGAGCCCCCUGUGAGCCCAGCAGCAGCAAUGGGGAGUCCCGGGGGCGGGGCCUGAAGAAGCAGUGGUCCACCUCCUCCAAGUCCUCACGGUCCUCCAAGCGGGGAGCCAGCCCCUCCCGACACAGCAUCUCAGAGUGGAGAAUGCAGAGCAUCGCCAGGGACUCGGAUGAGGGCUCAGAAGAAGAGUUCUUUGAUGCACAAGAGGACCCGUACAAAGAGGAAGGAUUCCCCAAGGACAUCACGAAGUGGAACUCCAAUGACCUCAUGGACAAAAUGGAGAAUCCCGAGCCUGAGGACCAACAGGACGGUCUGUACCACCAGAGUGACCCCGAGUUCAGGGUGGCCUCCAGUGUGGAGCAGCUGAACAUCAUCGAGAAACAGAAGACUAGGGCACCUGGGGGCCUGGCAAGACAUUCAUGCCCACCACUGCCCAUGCAGGAUGAGGUGAGCCAGCCACUAGCCGCGCCACCCUCCAAGAUUCACGUGCUGCUGCUGGUGCUGCAUGGAGGCACCAUCCUGGACACUGGAGCUGGGGACCCCAGCUCCAAGCAGGGCGACACCAACACCAUCACCAAUGUGUUCGACACCGUCAUGCGUGUGCACUACCCCAGUGCUCUAGGCCACCUAGCCAUCCGCCUGGUGCCCUGCCCACCCAUCUGUGCUGAAGCCUUCGCCCUUGUCUCCAACCUCAGCCCCUACGGCCACGAUGAGGGCUGUCUGUCUAGCAGCCAGGACCACAUCCCCCUGGCUGCCCUGCCCCUGCUGGCCACCUCUUCACCCCAGUACCAGGAGGCAGUGGCUACAGUGAUUCAGAGGGCCAACCUGGCCUAUGGAGACUUCAUCAAGUCCCAGGAAGGUGUGACCUUCAGUGGACAGGUCUGCCUGAUUGGAGAUUGUGUUGGGGGCAUCCUGGCAUUCGAUGCCUUAUGCUACAGUGGCCAGCCAGUGUCGGAGAGUCAAAGCAGCAGUCGCCGGGGCAGUGUGGUCAGCAUGCAGGACGCUGACCUGCUGUCCCCGGGCAUCCUGGUGAAUGCAGCACACGGCUCCGGUGGCGGUGGCGGUGGCGGAGGCUCCAGCCUGGAGAGCAGUCGGCACCUGAGCCGCAGCAACAUUGACAUCCCCCGCAGCAAUGGCACCGAGGACCCCAGGAGGCAGCUGCCCCGCAAAAGGAGCGAUUCCUCCACCUAUGAGCUGGACACCAUCCAGCAGCACCAGGCCUUUCUGUCCAGCCUCCACGCCAGCGUGCUAAGGAACGAGACCAGCUCGCGCCGCUCAAGCAGUUCCACGAUGCUGGACGGUGCUGGAGCCCUGGGCAAGUUUGACUUCGAGAUCGCCGACCUCUUCCUCUUCGGGUGCCCACUGGGGCUAGUCUUAGCCUUGAGGAAAACGGUCAUCCCCUCCCUGGACGUUUUCCAGCUGCGGCCAGCCUGCCAGCAAGUGUACAACCUCUUCCACCCCGCGGACCCUUCAGCCUCCCGCCUAGAACCGCUGCUGGAGCGGCGCUUCCACACCCUGCCACCCUUCAGCAUCCCCCGAUACCAGCGCUACCCGCUGGGGGACGGCUGCUCCACGCUGCUGGUCGAGACCGUGCAGAGAAACCCAGAGUUGGUCUUGGAGGGCGGCCCCCUGGCCCCUCUCCCCCACGGGGACAGCUUCCUGGAGACCAGUGUCCCCGUUCCCGCGCUCACCUGGCAGGACGGGCCCCGCCCGAGCCCGGGCUGUGCUGAGUCGGAUGCACUCCAGACCCACAACACAGUCUUCCAAGAGCACGCCGCCCCCUCGUCGCCUGGCACCGCCCCUGCCAGCCGUGGUUUCCGCAGAGCCAGUGAGAUCAGCAUUGCCAGCCAGGUGUCCGGCAUGGCCGAGAACUGCACAGCAUCCGGCAUUGCCCAGAAGGGUUCCUCGUCGCUCAGCCACACCCCCAGCGUCAGGCGCCUAUCCUUGCUCGCCCUGCCCCCCCCAUCCCCUACCACCCAGGGUCCCCGUGCCAGGGCGAGGCAGGUGAGCCCCAACCUGGAGAGGUUCCCCUGCCUCCCUGACUUGGACAUCGGAGAAGUCGCCGCCAAGUGGUGGGGCCAGAAGCGGAUCGACUACGCCCUGUACUGCCCCGAUGCCCUCACGGCCUUCCCCACAGUGGCCCUGCCCCACCUCUUCCACGCCAGCUACUGGGAGUCCACCGACGUAGUCUCCUUUCUGCUGAGACAAGUCAUGCGGCACGACAGCUCCAGCAUCCUGGAACUGGACGGUAAGGAGGUGUCGGUGUUCACGCCUUCGCAGCCCAGAGAGAAGUGGCAGCGCAAGAGGACCCACGUGAAGCUGCGGAACGUGACAGCCAACCACCGGAUCAAUGAUGCAGUUGCCAAUGAGGACGGCCCACAGAUCGUGACGGGCCGGUUCAUGUACGGGCCCUUGGACAUGGUCACCCUGACUGGGGAGAAGGUGGAUGUGCACAUCAUGAUGCAGCCACCCUCAGGUGAGUGGCUGUACCUGGACACCCUGGUGACCAACAGCAGUGGGCGGGUCUCCUACACCAUUCCAGAGACACACCGCCUGGGGGUGGGCGUCUACCCCGUCAAGAUGGUGGUCAGGGGAGACCACACAUUUGCCGACAGCUACAUCACCGUGCUGCCCAAGGGCACGGAGUUUGUGGUCUUCAGUAUCGAUGGCUCCUUUGCCGCCAGUGUGUCCAUCAUGGGCAGUGACCCCAAGGUGCGCGCCGGGGCGGUGGACGUGGUGCGACACUGGCAGGACCUGGGCUACCUCAUCAUCUACGUGACUGGCCGGCCCGACAUGCAGAAGCAGCGGGUGGUGGCGUGGCUGGCCCAGCACAACUUCCCUCACGGCGUGGUGUCCUUCUGCGAUGGCCUGGUGCACGACCCGCUGCGGCACAAGGCGAACUUCCUGAAGCUGCUCAUCUCUGAGCUGCACCUGCGCGCGCAUGCGGCCUACGGCUCCACGAAGGACGUGGCCGUCUACAGCUCCAUCAGCCUGUCUCCCAUGCACAUCUACAUUGUCGGCCGGCCCACCAAGAAGCUGCAGCAGCAAUGCCAGUUCAUCACGGAUGGCUAUGCCGCCCACCUGGCCCAGCUCAAGUACAAUCAUCGGGCGCGUCCAGCCCGAAACACGGCCACGCGCAUGGCCCUGCGCAAGGGCAGCUUUGGCCUACCUGGCCAGGGAGACUUCCUGCGCUCCCGGAACCACCUGCUCCGCACCAUCUCAGCCCAGCCCAGCGGGCCCAGCCAUCGGCUCGAUCGGACACAGAACCAGAUGGACAGUGAGCAGCGGGGCCAGCGCAGCAUGAGCGUGGCGGCCAGCUGCUGGGGCCGGGCCAUGACAGGCCGGCUGGAACCAGGGGCAGCCGCAGGACCCAAGUAGGACACCGUCAGGAGGCGCUGUGGUCUCCAUGGUGCUAGGCCAGGGCACCGGCCCCACUGGGAGGCCUGGCCUGGGCACACGUAGGUGGCUGGGGACAAGCACAGGACAUGGCCUGAGAGCUUGUCCCAGGGCCCCUGGAAGACAUGGCCAUGCCAACACAGUCCCCCCGGCCUUGCCUCAUGCCCUAGGCUCCGAGGAGCCCAGCUGGUCAUGGGUGCUGGCAGGAUGUCCAGCCCAUGAUAGAAGAGGAACCAGGAUGGGCCGCCUAGGCCAGCCCGAGAGGCAUUCCUGGACGUCUUGCCCUGUGUUGAUCUCUCAGCCUCCUGGUGCCAGGCGUGGGUCCAAGCCCAGCUUGCCACCUCCUUGUCCACUGGCACCCCUUCCCAUUUGGUAGCAGCUCCAGCGGGGGUCCAGCCUGCUUUCUUGUUGACUCCGGUUCUCAACUGUCCAACCUCACUGGUUCCGCCGCACUGGUCUUUGAGAGUGGAGACCCGUUACCAUCUCUCCUCUGGCUCCAGACAUGUCGACAUGCAUGAAACCCAGUACCUGCUGAUCCAGGGCCUGUCGCCACACAGAAGAUUCCAGUGUGGCCAAUCUUCACGCAAGCAGGAGAGAAAGGCUCUAUCUUAAUUUCUGCCACCUGCCCGCUCCGCGGCAGCCCCACGGCAGCCCCACACUGCUGCCCACCCGUCCCCCCGCCCCACCCAGAGCUCAGUGCAGUCCCAGGACUGGCGUCACUCGGGGCCCUGAGCACAGCGCAGGUGUGAGGCGAGCAGAGUGCGCAGCGGCCCCUGGUGACCCACUUGGGCAGCUGGGCCUGCAGAGGGCCGGCCUCCACCUCCACCUCCCGGCCUGCCAUGGGCUGGGCCCACGCCAUGGCUGCUGCCCACCGCGUUUCUACACCUUUCUACUUCUCCAUCUGGUUUCUAUAAGGUUUUUUUAACAGGCGAUCCUCGGCUGCUUCCUUUUCUUAACUCGAUGUCAGCGCAGCCUGCUCCAUUAGGAACACCCAGCACUGUGACAGGGUCCCACUCAGUCUGGCCUGUGGGCCCUGCACCUGGUCCACUCGGCAAGGUGUGGGCUUCUCGCCUCACCUGACCCACAAUUCCACCGACUUCCUACUCUGGGGCGGGUGGAGCUCUUAGGAUUUCUUAAUGCCAUUCCGUUUAAUGUCUACUCCAAGAAGCCACGGCUUGCUUCGUCAGCGUAAGGGCAGACAGCCAUUUUAUUUCUCCCCACACAAGGCCAGGUGUCCCGCACGCUGGGUCUGAGGCUGCCUUCCCCGCCGCACUGAGCACAAUUCUGCCCCUUCCUCCCUGCACUGGCUGAGUCCGCCUAGCUCCGGCCAGCGGUCCAGCGACGGGGCUCUGUGCCUGAGGAGCCGCCGAGCCGCACUCAGACUCAGGGCCACGUGGCUAGGCUGAGCAGGCAUACAGGAGACAUGACUUUGCUGUAUAGACACCUACACCACAGGGCAUGUGAUGCCCUGCCUUGGUGGGCCUAGACAGGAAGAAAGCUAUUUAUUUUGUGCAGAGAAAAAAAAAAAGUCUGAGAGGCGAGACCUUCACGGCCUCCCCUAAGAUGUAGCUCUGUGGUUUCCGGUGUUGUGUAUAAAGGAGUGAUUACUUUAUGGACCAAGAUUCCAUGGACCUGUCACAGAGAAAGUGCAAUAUCUGCCCCACCCCGAAGGAAGCUGCUGGUCCGACAAUCACUGCCCCACCCGGGGUCCCAGUGGCCAGUGCCUCCUCCCUCAGCCCCACCCCGUCUUGCCUCAGCCAUUGGGAGAAGCACCUGGAAGCCUCAGGCCACCUGCAAUAAAGGCCAGGGAGGCCCUGGGGUCAGCGGGCUUGGCCUCUCCCCCGGGCAGCCCCCUGCGGCUCUGAAUGCCCCCGUCUGCCCAGCCGCCAGCCAUGCCAAGGACAACAGCAAUAGUUCCUGGGGCUCUCCCAGGGCCCUUAGCCAUAGAUGGUGAGACGGGCAGCCUUCCCCCCAAAACUCGCUCAAGUCUGCUUUCUGCUUCCCGUAAGAUCUCCUUUGGCUCAUUCUCUUGAGGAAGCCCCACUUUUACAGAAACUAAGAGAGGAAGGUCAAAGUCCCUUAAAAAUACCAAAAAAUGUUUACAGUGUCAGGUGCUGAGCUGCAGGGCUCAGGCCUGGCCAUUCGUAACCAAAGGGUGAGGCAGACCUUGUCGACUGCCACCCACCCCAGGCCUGUCAGAAUAGAAGCCUUAGUCACUCCCUCCCCACCCACAGUCCCCAGGACUGAGCCUCAAUGCCACCCAGCACCAACCACCUGCCUUCUCCUCCAUUUCUAAAGAAGGAUUCAGCAAAGAACACCCCCCCACACCCCCUUCUGGUUCUGUGUGAGCUGCCCACCACCCUGCCCGAUACACCUUCACAUCUCGGCCCCUCCCGUGUGUCCUCGUACUAUCUGUUUCUCUGGACAAUGUGUGAACCCUGUCCCGACCCCACCCAUGCUGUCCCCGCAUCGUCCGGCCUGAGUGUGCUCUGUGUACCGUGUCACCGUCUGUUACACCAAUUAAAGAAGCAAGAGGCUUC